CAGACCACAGCAGUCCCUCCCAGGCACCACCAGUUCUGAGGACACAAGCCCUAUAGAUGGAGUUUUCUUCACACCCCAAAGAAGCUGCAGGAAACUAACCCUCGUGAGAUAGGAACCAAUGCAGGGUCAGUCCCCACAGCCAGGAAAGGAAAACUAGCACCGGGCUGGCAUUCCUGGGAAGCCCCCACCUUCGGCCUGACUUGUGACAGGGAAGCCACAGUGAGGAGGAACAGGGAUGAUUACCACAGUCCUAGGUGCUGGCUUCCUUACAGUGGGUGGGGAGUGGGCGUUCCUGCCAGGCCAGCCUGGCUUCCAGGGUUCCAGGGGCCCCGUUCCCCCCAGUCCAGUUCCCACUCCCGGCUGCCUGGCUUUAUGACUUCACAUGCUGAAGUCACGUGGAGAUAAUGCUGAGCAUUCCACAAGUCCAGGCCAGCCCAGCCAGACGGCUCCCCACACUGUAAAUGAGGACAAUGCCUGCUGGCCCACGUGGGAAAGGGAUGUAGAGGGCAGUGGCGCCGGCCACUCCUGGCACCAUGGACGAUGCCGCGGUCCUAAGGAAAAAGGGUUACAUCGUGGGUAUCAAUCUUGGCAAGGGCUCCUACGCAAAAGUCAAAUCAGCCUACUCUGAGCGCCUCAAGUUCAAUGUGGCGGUCAAGAUCAUUGACCGCAAGAAAACGCCCUCCGACUUUGUGGAGAGAUUCCUCCCUCGGGAGAUGGACAUCCUGGCAACUGUCAAUCACCGCUCCAUCAUAAAGACCUAUGAGAUCUUCGAGACCUCGGAUGGGCGCAUCUACAUCGUCAUGGAGCUCGGGGUUCAGGGCGACCUCCUUGAGUUCAUCAAGUGCCGGGGAGCCCUGCAUGAGGAUGUGGCACGCAAGAUGUUUCGCCAGCUCUCCUCAGCCGUCAAGUACUGCCACGACCUGGACGUUGUCCACAGAGAUCUCAAGUGCGAGAACCUUCUCCUUGACAAGGAUUUCAACAUCAAGUUGUCCGACUUCGGCUUCUCAAAGCGCUGCCUGCGGGACUGCAGUGGGCGCAUCAUCCUCAGCAAGACCUUCUGCGGGUCGGCGGCAUACGCAGCCCCCGAGGUCCUGCAGGGCAUCCCCUACCAGCCCAAGGUCUAUGACAUCUGGAGCCUGGGCGUGAUCCUCUACAUCAUGGUCUGUGGCUCCAUGCCCUACGACGACUCUGACAUCAAGAAGAUGCUGCGCAUCCAGAAGGAGCACCGCGUGGACUUCCCGCGCUCCAAGAACCUGACGAGCGAGUGCAAGGACCUCAUCUACCGCAUCCUGCAGCCCGAUGUCAACCGGCGGCUGCAGAUCGACGAGAUCCUCAGCCAUUCGUGGCUGCAGCCCCCCAAGCCCAAAGCCAUGUCUUCUGCCUCCUUCAAGAGGGAGGGUGAGGGCAAGUAUCGGGCCGAGUGCAAACUAGACACCCGGCCAGGCUCAUGCCCCGAACACCGGCCUGAGCAUCGGCCUGAUCACAAGCUGGGGACCAAAACCCAGCACCGGCUGCACGUGGUGCCCGAGAACGAGGACAAGAUGGAGGACAGGCUGGCCGAGACCUCCAGGGCCAGGGACCACCACGUCUCCGGAGUUGAGGUGGGGAAGGCAGCAGGUACCUAGGCGCGGGGGCGGAGGGUGGCGCGCGGUGGCACCCAAGUAAACUAGGCAGGUAGGAGCUGAAGAAGGCACAGGUGCAAGGAACAAGUAAAAUCUGUCAAUUAAACCACUAUUUUGAUUAC